AUGGGCACGUUUUUCUUUAGGCUUUUAAGGUCGGGUUCACUGUGUGUUGUCGAUAUCUCUUUUCCCCUCGUUCGAAUUUUAGAAGCACAGGAAACUACACACAGGAAAAUAUAUGAACAAACAUACACGGAAGGUCUACUCAAUGUAUGUUUAAGUGAUGAACAAACAAAAGAUAAGCUUCAGCUUUUGUAA